GUUCUGUUCAUCAACCGAGGGAAAGUUCGUGGACAAGGCACCAUGCAGGAGCUCUUGGUCAGAGGUUUUUUCCCUGACGCCAUGGUGGAGAUGAACGCCACAGAGAGCACUGUAAAAUUGACGGAGAUGGCUACUGAAGCCCAACCAGAGGCAUCAGAUAUAGAAGCGACGUUGUCGCCCACUUUAGCGCUGAAGAAACAAGCAAGUCACCUUCACAAGCUCCCUCCCUUCUUGCCUACGCGGACGAUGAGCAAUAUCCAGGAAAGUGGAGACAAUAGCGACACGGAGUCCCUUGACACGGAAGAAGAAGAUGUUGAAAUGCUUCCUCCGAAGAUUCCCACACUGGUCAAGCGCUUCUCCGAAAGUCUUAAAAGGAUCCGUCCUUCUCCUCAUUCAAUAUCGGAGAACCCGCCUCGUUUGCAUGGCCCAAGCAAAAGUCUAUCAGUUCUACGGGCGAAAUCCUCGACACAACUACCUGUCUUGGGGAGGUCACCUAGCAACCUCUCUCUCGCACGCGAAGCGUCUUCAUACUUGAAUGUAUCGAUUCCUGACAUGGAUUUGUUCCAGCCUGCAGGAAUGCAAAGAAUAUUGACGGAAGAGGACUUUGACGUCGAGGAUGCGGAGGAGGAUGAAUUCAAUAAUCCUCGCCCACAGCUGCUGUCCGGGAAAUCUCAGUCCACGAUGCUGAGUGUAUUGGAGAGGGCGCAAGUGGCACGCCUCCAGCAAGAGCUUAGCAUCUCGCGAGAAAGAGAAUCGAGCGAGGAAGAAGAUGGAACAGACGAGAAGGAGAUUCCUGUUGACGCCAAGGUGCACGGCUCAGCGACCACCUAUGCUCACGGGGUGGAAAUAACCGAAUUGGAAGGCAACGGUGGAGCAAGAUUACUUCAAGUAGACAAAGAGAAUCCAAAAAAACAAGAGAUAGCAGCGAAUAUAUCAUGUGUUGAUGAAGAGAAAGUCAAGAAGGAAGCUGCACUUCGGGCUUCCAUCAUUUCUCAAGAGAAGCAACAGUCGGGAAAUCUCGGAGCUGGUGUUCUUGCAGCCUACGUACGAGGCAUGGGGGGUCCGAUUGUGACUGUAGCGGUGCUCCUCCUCCUCAUAGCUGGGCAGGUUGCGGCUAUUCUCUCCAAUAUGUUCCUAUCGUACUGGGUCCACCAAAGCUAUGAAAAACAAAGGGAAAAGAAGUUUGCCUUGAUCUAUGUCGCCUUAGUUGUUGCAGUUGGAGUCCUGCCUGUUGCUCGGGGUAUGAUAGCAUUCGACCGGAUGCUAGAAGCCAGCCACGUCCUGCACGACGACAUGGUUCACUCAGUGCUUCGGGCUCCGAUUAGCUUUUUCGACACCAACCCCACAGGCAGAAUAAUAAACCGAACUAGCAAGGACGUCCUCGUUUGCGAUGUCUUCCUCCCCAUUAGCCUGUACUCAUUCAUGAAAACCAUGCUGAUGUGCCUGGGAACAAUUGCAGUUAUAAUCUCCGUCAAUCCAUGGCUCAUAAUUAUACUGAUCCCGCUUUUUGGUUCGUUUAUUCCACUCCGGCGACAAUUUCUGAACACGUCGCGUGCGGCCCGUCGUUUGGAGGCCAUGGCUCGCUCUCCCAUCUACGCCUUGUUAUCGGAAGUUAUGGACGGCUUACCCACCAUCCGAUCUCUCGUCGCUGGCUCCCUCUUCCAGAACGAAUUUUCCAAGCGUUUGGACGAUUUUGGAAGGCCGUAUUUCAUUUUUUUCUCCGCAGGGCGGCAUUUGGCAUUUCGACUGGACUUUCUGUGCUGGCUGCUGGUGACCGCGACAGCGUUUUCCUCUUUAGGUGCGCUUACCGGGGCAAGCGGUGUGUCCACCUGGCUUAUUGGAGUAUCCCUCAUGUACGUGUUGCAGCUUGCAUCGGUCUUUCAGUGGGCAACACGCCAGAGCUCAGAAGUGGAAAAUCAGAUUGUUUCCGUGGAACGUAUUGUUGAGUAUUGUCAAUUAUCUACGGAGGCCGCGCUUGAUUCUCUUCCCGGAAAAGCUCCACCCUCCGCUUGGCCUGAAAAAGGUGCAAUAGUUGCCACCAACCUACAAGCAGCAUACAGACCGGGCUUACCGCUUGUGAUCAAAGACAUGUCGUUCUCUAUCCCUGGCGGUACUCGCGUGGGCAUCGUGGGACGGACUGGAUGCGGAAAAUCAUCGCUCAUCCAGGUCCUCUUUCGACUGAUGGAGCCCUCCGGCGGAUCUUUGUGCAUUGAUGGCAUUGAUGUCUCCGGCAUGGGCCUUCACGAUCUGCGACGCCGCCUCUCUGUUAUCCCUCAGAAUCCCUUUUUGCUCAGUGGCACACUGCGAGAAAACUUGGAUCCAUUAGGGUUGAAUGAUGACGCCACAAUCUGGUCAGCUUUGCGAGCGGUUCAGAUGGAGGACCAGGUCCGAGCAAUGGGUGGAGAAUGUGAGGAAGUAGAGUCUAACCUCGACAUCCUUAGUCCAAGGGCCAAGCCCCCUUUAUUCCGGAGAAGGAGUUCAGCAAUGUCAUUUAUGCCGCCUGCUAAGGCUGGUAUUCGCGCAGGAUCUAUCGCCGUAAUUUCAUGCGGGCCAGGGCUAGACAUGUACGUGACCGAGAAUGGAGGCAACUUCUCAAUUGGAGAGCGACAGCUUUUGUGCCUGGCAAGGGCUAUCCUCAGCUCGACCCGCAUCCUGGUCUGUGACGAGGCCACUGCCAAUGUGGACGUGGAGACGGAUCACAAGAUCCAAAGAGCGAUUCGCUCGCGUUUUGGCUCAGCUACAGUUCUCAUGGUCGCGCAUAGGUUGAACACCAUCAUCGACUCUGAUAUCCUUCUGGUGCUGCAGGCCGGUGAGGUGCUGGAGAUGGGGCAUCCGCACGAGCUCUUGAACACGCCAAAAGGUCUGCCGGAGUCCAAGGGUGGCUUCCUGUCGAUGGUGAUGGAGACGGGUCCGGACUCUGCGGCUUCGCUGAAAGAAAUGGCGCGUGCGGCCUGGGAGGAAAAACGGACCCGAGGACAGGAGCCUAAGGACGACAAGCUUUAG